GAACUGGGGAUGGAAAGGGCUUCUUUGUUCUGUCUUCUCCAGAACGUUACAAGUCUAAGAGCUCAGGACAAGAGCAGCAGAAAUACAUGCAACAUGGUGACUGGAACCCUAAGGACCUUGCAAUAUGAAUAAUUCUUUGGAGAACACCAUUUCCUUCGAAGAAUACAUCCGUGUGAAAGCGCGAACAAUCCCCCAGCACAGGAUGAAGGAGUUCCUGGACUCCCUUGCUUCCAAGGGGCCUGAAGCUCUGCAGGAGUUUCAGCAGACAGCUACGACCACCAUGGUGUAUCAGCAAGGUGGCAACUGCAUUUACACAGACAGCACAGAGGUGGCCGGGUCUUUGCUUGAACUUGCAUGUCCUGUGACAACCAGUGUCCAGCAGCAAACUCAGCAAGAGCAGCAGAUACAGGUCCAGCAACCACAGCAAGUCCAGGUUCAGGUCCAGGUCCAGCAGUCGCCGCAGCAGGUCUCCGCCCAGCAGCUCUCUCCCCAGCUCGCUGUUCAUCAGGCUUCAGAGCAGCCGAUACAGGUGCAGGUGCAGAUCCAGGGCCAGGCGCAGCAGCAGGCGUCCCAGACAAUACAGAGUCAAUCUCUGCAGAGCCCCAGCCCGUCUCAGCUGCAGGCAGCUCAAAUCCAAGUGCAGCACGUGCAGACUGCCCAGCAGAUCCAGGCUGCGGAGAUCCCGGAGGAACACAUACAGCACCAGCAGAUCCAGGCCCAGCUCGUGGCAGGACAAGCCAUUACUGGUGGCCAGCAGAUCCAGAUCCAGACCGUUGGGGCCCUCUCGCCUCCACCUUCCCAGCAAGGCUCUCCGCGAGAGGGAGAGCGGCGGAUCAGCACUGCUAGUGUCCUUCAGCCGGUGAAGAAACGCAAAGUGGAUAUGCCUAUUACUGUUUCCUAUGCUAUUUCAGGGCAGCCCGUUGCCACAGUGCUGGCCAUUCCUCAGGGCCAGCAGCAAAGUUAUGUCUCUUUAAGGCCAGACUUACUAACAGUGGACAGUGCCCACCUGUACAGUGCCACUGGGACCAUUACUAGCCCCACUGGAGAGACUUGGACCAUCCCCGUUUACUCUGCUCAACCACGCGGUGACCUUCAGCAGCAAAACAUCACCCACAUCGCCAUCCCUCAGGAGGCCUACAACGCCGUCCACGUCAGCGGCUCGCCAACGACGCUGGCGACCGUGAAGCUGGAAGACGACAAGGAUAAGAUGGUGGGAAGUACUUCCGUCGUGAAGAACUCGCAUGAGGAGGUGGUGCAGACUCUUGCUAACUCGCUCUUUCCAGCGCAGUUUAUGAAUGGCAACAUCCACAUUCCAGUGGCGGUGCAGGCGGUGGCAGGGACAUACCAGAACACGGCACAGACAGUGCACAUAUGGGACCCGCAGCAGCAGCAGCAGCAGCCCACGCCCCAGGAGCAGGGACAGCAGCAGCAGCAGUUGCAAGUCACUUGCUCGGCUCAAACAGUUCAGGUUGCUGAAGUUGAACCACAGCCACAGCCGCAGACUUCACCGGAGCUUCUACUUCCAAACUCUCUGAAGCCAGAAGAAGGGCUUGAAGUUUGGAAAAGCUGGGCGCAGACCAAGAAUGCAGAGCUGGAAAAGGAAGCCCAAAACAGGCUAGCACCUAUUGGAAGGCGUCAGCUGCUGAGGUUCCAGGAAGAUCUCAUCUCUUCAGCUGUAGCUGAGCUGAAUUAUGGUCUCUGCUUAAUGACACGGGAAGCUCGCAAUGGUGAUGGUGAACCUUAUGAUCCAGAUGUCCUCUACUAUAUCUUCUUGUGUAUUCAGAAGUAUCUCUUUGAAAAUGGUCGAGUAGAUGACAUCUUCUCAGAUCUUUACUAUAUUCGGUUCACUGAGUGGUUGCAUGAAGUUCUUAAGGACGUACAGCCUCGUGUUUCUCCUCUUGGUUACGUCCUCUCCAGUCACGUAACAGAAGAGAUGCUGUGGGAGUGUAAGCAGCUAGGAGCUCACUCUCCCUCCACCUUGCUCACUACACUGAUGUUUUUCAAUACAAAAUACUUCCUAUUGAAAACAGUAGACCAGCAUAUGAAGUUGGCCUUCUCUAAGGUGUUGAGGCAGACCAAGAAGAACCCUUCUAAUCCCAAGGAUAAAAGCACGAGUAUCCGCUAUCUGAAGGCUCCUGGCAUACACCAGACAGGCCAGAAAGUUACAGAUGACAUGUAUGCCGAGCAGACUGAGAAUCCGGAGAACCCCCUGAGAUGCCCGAUAAAGCUGUAUGACUUCUACCUCUUCAAAUGCCCCCAGAGUGUGAAAGGCCGGAAUGACACGUUUUACUUGACUCCGGAGCCAGUGGUGGCCCCCAACAGCCCCAUCUGGUAUUCCAUCCAGCCGAUCAGCAGAGAGCAGAUGGAGCAGAUGCUCACCCGGAUCCUGGUGAUACGAGAGAUUCAGGAAGCUCUUGCCGUGGCUAAUGCCAGCACCAUGCACUAAGGCAUCCUUCUUGGCUCAGAAGGGGUGGGAUGGGGUGACGGGGAGGGACAAGCAAAGAUAAAUUGUACAGACUUUUACACUAAAGGAGAUGCCUAAGUUUUUGGUUUUUUAUUGGUGUAGUUAUGAAGCCCUUUUAGGCUUCUUCUCUUUAAAAGAAUCUAAAGGAAAACCUACCCAUUGUGUAUCCUACCCAACACACCAAACUGUUGGAACCAUUGGAGGCUGCAUAUCCCCUGCAAGCUGGGAGCUGUGGAAGGCUGCUGGUUGACUCUGGUUUUUUUUUUUUCAUGAUGUAGAAAACAUGAACUACAGGAUUGGCCUGGAUGGCUGGGGCCUCUGUCUCCUCGGAGCCUGUGCAGCCUAGAGGGCACAGAAUGAUGGAUGGACCUGCCCAGCCAGUGGAGGAGAGGCAGGCAUAUCUUUUCUUGUGCUCGGACAUUAAUUUGCUGUUAUCUUGGAAGGAAGAGGAAAGAGUGAACUGCAAUUGUGAUUUAUAAGAGAAAAAAAAAAACAAAAAAAAAAGCCCAAUGAUUUCUAUUCAGACCUUUAAGUGACAUUUUUAGAUGUUAAAGUACAAACUUUACCACACUUUUUUUUUUUUUUUUUUUGGCCUGACAUUGAGGCCUUAAACCUUGAGGCUCCUGUGCCUGAUGGAAUUCUUGUAACAUACACUUGUGUAUCAUAUAAAGAUACCACCCUGUUUCUCUUAUGUAUUCUUACUCUAGUUGUUUAUUAAGAAUGACGAGCACGUCUUUUCAACAUGCCAUUGAACAAUGUGUCUUUAUUUGGGGAAGAGUGAGCUGUGAGGGUGGGGGGGGGGGCAUUAUACCAAGAUCAGAAUGCAAAAUCUGGUUGUUUUCAUCCCUGUUUGUGCUUUCCAGCUUGAGUCCACUGGACUUUUCACCCUGCAAAUUAGGAAGGUAGAAGGGGAUUAACUUCUCUUGACGGACCUGGACGUCUGCUUGCUGAUGGAAGCUUAGUGUCAGGCUAGGAAUGUGGAAUCUGCGGCACCGGCUCAGGCCCUCGGUCUGUCCUGGUGUUCUGUGGCCAGCGUGUGAGACUUCACUCCUAGGUAAAUCCUCCUCUCCCCGUUCUGCAGGUGCACCGCACUAGCUGCGUGCAGGAGGGGUGCUAGAGGAAAAGGCCUGCCAGGAGCAGCACGUGGCUCCCUCCUGCCAUGUAAGAGCUUUCUCACCGUUUGAAACACAGCUACGUAGCUUCGGGCAUUGUUCAUGAUCAUACACCCCACCCCUUACAGCCUCGCUGCAUCUUGAACGGUUGCUGUAUUUUAUAUCAUUAACAAAUAGUCUGCUCUUUUGAGGCCAGCAGGUAGCCAGUUGUGCUUGAAAUGGGAGGUCACUAGCCAGGCUUAUUGUUUGUGCCACCAGCCUCUUGGAUGUGGAGAGGUGACUCUGCUUCUUGAACUUGUCUUCCCUGCUUAUCCAUCUCCUAUAUCCCUCCCCUAUUCCAAAAAAUAAAUAUAUAUAUAUAUAAAUAUAUACUACAGUAAAAACUUGUGUACAGGCAAGCAACUUUUCUGAAGCUUCUGUUGACCAGCACCUGUGUGUCUCGUGAAGGAAGGUCUGCCCUCCCUGGUUGCUGUGUGUAAAUCUCUACAUAGGUUAGGCUAGACCUUGACUCUGGGAGUAGCCAUAAAGCUGCCAGCCUCUGCUCUUAAUCCGUGUGGAAGAGCCAGGGCCUGGAGAGGCUUCAGGCUUGCGGGGCUUCGUGUUGACACUGGUGUUUGUGAGAAAGCUGGUGUGUAAGUUGGUUGUGAAGAGGAGCAGUUUUAUCCCUGCCUAGGGCUGUGCUCAAAUACAUGCGCAAAGGGAAGGGAGCAACUAGCUUCCCGGUACCUCCACUCUAAAGCAAACUUGGAGCUUCGUCUCCCACCUCAGUUAUGGGAGGAGGAAAUAGGAAAUGGUACCCACGUCCCAGUGGGUAUGUUAGGAGGACAGGGCGCAGUGCUGUGCAAUGCUGGCAACGUAGCCUCCCCUUCAGGUCAGCUGCGAGGAGCCAUCGCUCACCGCCGGGUAGGGCGACGUCAGGAGCAGUAGUACUUCUAAAGCUGCAAAAAUUCUGUAAUCCUUUCCCCAUAUUUUAGUGGCUGAAACGUCCAUCUCUGGCCCUAACUUAAAUAUUGAGGGCACGGUUAGGAGCCAGCUCCCGCUGUCUCUUGUUGCUCAGGAUGCCAAGCGGGCCUGCACAGAGCAGCCUUCCCGUUCUUUGAGCAGUUUGUCCUGUCUUCUGAACAGAGAUGUGACAGUGAGAGAGCAACUGCAGACUAAGCACCUGUGCCCACGUCCCCGUGUGCUCCGCAGUUCUGCAUGCGGAGCUGGGUCCCGCUGAGCUCAGUCCAGCUCCUCUGGUAACACAGCAGGGUUUAAACCCGUCUGCCAGGUACCAAGGGUGCAAUUCGCUUCCUUAGGUGGCCGUGGUAGUCGCCUAUUGUGCUUGAACGUGGCCAGAACAUCAGGGCAGUUUGGGGUUAGGGCUGAGUGGGUGAUGAUGGCAGAGCUGUCUGGGAAAACAAAAAUGCAUUGUGCAAAAAAUGGCUAGAAAAUAGAGCUUGAGCUGUCCCCUUACUCCUUAUAGCAGUGAAAUGAUCUACAGUGUUAGAAGGGGAAGCCUGCUGCUUCACCUGGAGGAGCAGAGCUUGUAAGAGCAGGGGAGCUGGACACGCAGCGAGCUGCAGAGGUCUCUGAAUGGCUGGCGGUGUCCUGACGAACUGAAAUGUUUCCAUUGCGUUCUCGUUCUUCUGUGAUCUAUAGGAGAUGAAUUCCUCGACUUGGAAGUGGACUGGGGUACUGUUUUGUACUGUCUCAUCAAGAUGUCCACAGUUAGUUUCAUUCCCUAUUUUUAGAGACAAUCGAUAUACUGUGACUUAAGGAUUUUUCUUUUCUGGACAUGGCUUCUAGUCUGGCUCUCUGGAGCUAACUGAAAAGGUACAGUAUUUCUAGAAUAUAAAUACUAUGUUCUUUGAUAGUGAAGAACAUGAUCUAUUCCCUUUUAGGGACUCAUAGGAAGACGUGCACAGAGUAGCACAGAAGAGUGCUGUGGCUUAGGGUUGCUGUCCAAGCGCUGGGAAGCGUUCCCAGUCAAACAUGUAAAAUAGCUUUUUAACACUUUCCUAUAACCAGCUUGUUUGACUGCUGCUUAAAGGGCGUCCCACCUCGGCCCCACGAGUGCCAAAUCGCUAGCUGCUGUAUGCGUGUAUAUACCGAACAAGAACUCUCCGUGCCCCUUGCGAUGUAUGAGACAGAGGCUGGAAACGCAUCAGUCUCAAAAGUAAAGCUGAGAAGAGGCAAACUAGAGACCCUGCAUUGUUGGUUGUGAACUGUGCCCAUCUUGUCUCCGUGGUAUGAAAGGAGCUGUGGAAGGCGGACUGUGACUGACUAUUGUAAAGCGUCUCCCAUCCUGACCUUAGACUCGCGCAUUGUCCCGUCUCCAGACAUCCACAGCCGUUCUUUCCUGCGGGAACCCGUAGCCUCUUGCACCCUUGUCUGCGGCACCAUUAGAUUUUGUCACUUACUUUUGACGGUUUGAGCAUUUUCUUUAAGUGGUGAUGGCUGAAGCAGGAGAGCAGGCGAGAGAGGGAUGCCCUUCCCUCCUGUCCAGAGCAGCGAGUGAAGGGAACAGCCUCUAUGUGACUUAACAGGGCUGCCCUCCGUUGGCUGCUUCACCCUAGAGACCUCCUGGGUUUUAGAUAGGAGACUAGGCCUGAAGUAGUUCCCACACUGUUUGGCUUUGGAGCAGUGGGAUAAAUCCCUAAACGGGAUCCCUUCUACACUGUGGCUCCUUGGGCAGGAAGUGAGGCAGUCGUGUCCUCAGCUGUAUGGAGGCGACCGUCUGCCUUGGUGUGUUUGGAAUGGAUUAGGCCAUCAAUGCAGCGACAAGAACAGCCCCAGAGUGGUAGAAAAGAGCCCUCUGAGCAUCUGUUGGGGUGGAAGGCUUCCUCAUACUGUUCUUUCUCAUCCUCUCCCUCUUCUGGCUGAGUGCUGCUAGGCACCAACUGGCUCUGCACUAACCAAACCGCGCUCUCAUCCAAGUUUCAUGGUGACUGACUUGCAAUUAGUGUUUGGACUCUUAAACCACUGUUAAAAUGGGAUAUAAACCGUCUUCCACCCUAUAUGGGGCUUUUC